AUGGAAAGUUAUUCAGAAGAUGAAAGAAACUUUCAAACUCCUGAAUAUCUAAAACCUAGAAUAAAUGGUUUAGAAGGAAAAUACAUUCAUUCUACACCAUUAUCUCAGUCUAAUCCUUAUCCAGUAUUUCAUCCAAUAUCAUCAAGUUUUACAGGAUAUAAAGAUCUAUUAACCAAUGAUAAAACAACACCUCUUUAUAUUCCAUUAUCAGAUGAAGGAUAUUCAUCAGUUGGAUCUGGUUCAACUCCAACUGGUUUCUCAAAUAAUUUAUCAACAUCUGAAGUAAUAAAUCAAUAUAAAGAUUAUGGAUCUAUUGGAUGUAUUCAUAAUUCUAUUAAUCAAAAAGAAAAACUAGAAAUUGUUGCAUUAGAAUUACUAAAUCAAGCUCGUCUAAUUCCAAAUUAUUCUUGUAAUAGACAUUUACAUAAUAGAAAUAUUUUAGGAAUGAAUGAAGAGAAUAAUAAAUCACAAAUAUCAUAUUAUAAAGAAUUUAAUGAUAAAUAUCAUUCAUUAUUACAAUCUAAUAUAAAAUAUGGAAAUUACAAUUAUCCAUCUAAUAAUGAAUGUAUUAAUUUAAGUCAACAAGAUUUAAAUUGUACAAAAUUAUUAUCUUCAACUAAUAUAAACAAUUUACAAUAUCAAAAUAAUAAACAAUCAUUCAAUGAUCAAUUGAAUUAUUCAAAACAAUUUGAAAAGAUUAAUAAAACUAUUAAAAAUGAUAAUAAUAAUAAUAAUAAUAAUAAUAAUAUAGAUAUUAAUCAAUCAAUUGAAAGUCGUAAUCAAAUAUGUAAUCAAAUUCUUAAUCAAGUUCGUCGUGAAAUGAUUCGACUUAUUGAUAAUAGUAUGCAUCAAUUAGAAACAUAUUUACAAAAUUAUCAUUUUAAAGAUUGGUAUAAUUCAUCGACAAUAUUAAAUUAUUGUAAUUCAAUGAAAUCUGUACAAUUAGAUUGUAUGCAAGAUUGUAAUGUGACUCCACUUAAUUUAAAAUUUACAAAAAGUAAUAAUGAUAUAGAAUUGGAAAAUGUUAAUAGUAAUCAAUCCAAUCAGAAUCCAUCAACUGAAGUUGAGUUUGUUCCUAGUGAUAUUGUAUCAUCUGAACAAAAAUCUACUAAUUCAAAGUGUACAACCAUAACAUCAAAAGAAUCAUCCACUUAUUCAACAAGAAUAAAACCAUUACGUUAUAAUAAUAAUAAAACACGUCGAUUAAGAAUUCAUCAAUUUAAUAGUCAAUUAUUUGUUGAUAGGAAUCAAACCAAGUUAAAUAGACUGUCGCCAGAUUGUAACAAGCGUCAGUUAAAUAAUGAUGUAGAAGAACCUCAAAAUAAAAUUCCUCAUUUAGAUGAAUCGUUAGAUUUAAGAAUUCAUCAAAAUGACCAUGAAGAUAAUAAUAAUAAUAAUAAAACAGAACAAAUUAUUUCAUCAGACAAUCAAUCAAGUAAUUGUUGUCAAACACGUUUGAAAAGAUCAAUAAUUAAUAGUCAAACUAGAACAGCAACACUGAGUGCAGCUCAUUUAAAAAAAGCUAAAAUGAUGUUCAUGUAUUCUCGUUAUCCAACAUCAAGUCUACUGAAGUCAUAUUUUCCAGAAGUUUGUUUUAAUCGUGGAUCUACUGCACAAUUGGUAAAAUGGUUUAGUAAUUUCCGAGAGUUUUUUUACAUACAGAUUGAAAAAUUUGUUCGUCAACAGAAAGCAACCGGUUUAAAAAAAGCAGAUGAUAUUAGACUAUCACGUGAACAUGAAUUAAUACGUAGCAUGGAAACACAUUUUAAUAAAGGAGAUGAAAUUGAAACUCCAAAAGAAUUUCUUGAAGCUAUUCAAAUUACAGUAUGGGAAUUUGCUGAUGCAAUUUUAAAUGAACGUGAUGUGAAUUCAUCAUGGAAAAAAACCAUUUAUAAAAAGAUUUCUAUAUUAGAUAUACAAUUUCCAGAAUUUUUUAGAUGUUAA